UAAACAGUGCAGCGUGCUUUUUACAGCCGCGUCCCUCAUCUGUUCAUUAGGUCUGAGGUGAUCUUGAGUGAGAAUUCUGUUUCUUAUGUUUGUCAUAAUGUUAUAGUUUAUGUCGAAGACAACUAUCCAAAGGGGGCGUUCUACCGAAUCUAGUGUUAGCUUGCUUAAUCGUUAGGCUUUCGGAAUGGGACAUAAACAAGAAAAUAACAGUAUUUUUUCGAAGUGGCGAAGUUCGCCUUGUCUGCUUGUGCAGCUGCUGUUGCUGAAAUAGUUAUUUUGACCUCCAGUUACAUUCCCGCUGGACUUGACGAAAACCAGGCUUCAGAUCAAAGGUGAGGUUGCCCUUGGUAAACAUGCGAACGGAGGCAACGGUCAGAUGGUGUACCGGGGGAUGCUGCGCACUGCCAUCGGGAUUGUGCGUGAAGAGGGCCCACUGAAGCUAUGGCAGGGUGUCACACCGGCCAUCUACAGACAUAUAGUGUAUUCGGGGGUGCGGAUGGUCGCCUACGAACAGCUUCGGGAUUCGGUGCUGGGCAGAAGAGCGGACGCCAGCUUUCCGUUUUGGAAAGCCGGGGUGGGGGGUAUGGUUGCGGGGGCUGUGGGCCAGUUCAUGGCCAGCCCCACGGACCUGGUGAAGGUGCAGAUGCAGAUGGAGGGCAGGCGCAGACUGGAGGGGAAUGCAGCAGUCCCUCCCCACAGCUGCUCCAGGACCCUGGUAAAUGUGCUAAUGGUGCAUGGCGUCUACCACGCUUUCCUGAAAAUCGUCUCUGAGGGAGGGAUCCGAGGCCUGUGGGCAGGGUGGGUCCCCAAUGUGCAAAGGGCUGCCCUGGUCAAUUUAGGAGAGCAACCAUCCGCCAUCCAGGCUAGUGCACAACACCAUGUGGUUGGAUUCUACAGUCAUUAUGCCCAGGAGAAGAAACUGGAGCCUGAAGUCCCUAAGACAUUUGGGAGGAACGUUGCCAGCUUUCAAGGUUACCUUUCAUAGUCAUCAGUGACCAUGAGAGGCGGGAAUUUAUCCAUUCGGCUGUCAACGUCCACAAGAAUGAGUUCUGGAUUUCCUCUGGAUCCCAGCACUCUCACGUCACCAAAAUCCUCAAACUUGCUGUAAAACAUCCAGAUCUUCAGAAGGCAUUGUGCUACCCUUCAUUACAAAUGAGCCCUACAUAUUAUAAUGAGAGGUUAUAUUUCUACACCCUGCCACCUUGUGCAACCCUGAUCCUGGAUAAUGGGUUAGUUGCAACAAACAAUACUUUUAAAAAAUCCAUUGGAAUACUGUUAUAAUCGUUUCACUGACUUAUGUUUUUAAAGGAAACGCCUGAAUAGAAAUUUUACCUCACUGUCUUCAUGUAAACAACAUCUUCAGGAUUGGGACUCCUCCUCUCGUCGUCGUAGUGAAACUUGGCACUGGUCAGAUCCAAAAGGUUUGGAAGGUGGUCUUUGACGUAGCCCCUGAUGUCAAUGUAGUCUCUCUCUGUGAAGUAUUUUUUGCGGCCCAGCCGAAAAUCUAAGUUAAUGAGCCACAGGGCUUUUGCCUCUGCAUACUUCCCACUAUCCAGGAGGGUCAUGACUGCAUCGAUAGUGUUGUCUAACAUAAAAAGCUCCCUAAUGUUGGGGUGCACACUAGCAGCAAUGUUUAAACCUGCGAGCAGCGAGUCAAGAACACAGGUGUUACCAAAUGAGUGUGUGAGGUACUGGCCACCAAACCCUAUGUAAGCAAAGGGAAUUUGAGUGUCACGAAACUCCUGGAUUGGACUGCGCAAGCCCAGAGUCCUGGAAAGAAAAUGUGUAGCAUGCAUUAAAUCAUUUAUGUAAUGCUAAUACAAGACCGCUUCAAAAGUAAUGCUUAAAGUAAAUGUGUAAAUCUGAAAAAUAAUUACCUUUGAUUUUUUCUUGACUUGUCAGCUGAAAAAAAUAAAUUUAAAAAUGUCAUUAAUGAAAAGACAACUGGUU